AUGGAAGAGUGUGAAGUUCAGAAGCUGCCUGAAAGGCUUACACCAUGCAACAGUGGAAGAAGGAGAAGCUGUGACUGUGACUCUAAACAUUCACCCGAAUUUGAGUUUUGGAUGGUCCGAAACCCGUCUUUUCCUCAGCCCAACCAACUCUCUGCCGACGAGCUCUUCUCCGAUGGCGUCCUUCUUCCUUUAGACCUUCUCCAGUGCCAUUCUGCGGAGGACCCACUUGAAGCAAAUGGGCCAAAUACUUCUUCUUCACACCAUAAAACUGAGCCUGAACCAUCCGGGUCUGGUCGACCCGAACCCGAAACAGAACUCUCUGCGUCGAUAGUCAACACGUCGUCGGGCGGCGGUUCUUUUACGUCAUCAAAGCGUUGGAAGGACAUUUUCAAGAAAACCGAGAAGAAAGAGAGUAAUGAUGUGACGAAGGAGAAGAGGAAAGAGAAGAAAGUUGUAAGUGGAAGCAAUGGGGUGAGUACUGGUGCUGAGCUUAAUAUUAAUAUUUGGCCCUUUUCGAGGAGUAGAUCCGCUGGAAACGGCGGAAGCAGACCUCGGUUUACGGGUGGAUCCGGUUUGGCAAACCGAAAGGUGAGUAGUGCUCCGUGUUCCCGGAGUAACUCAGCCGGUGAAUCCAAGUCAAGAAAGUGGCCCAGUAGUCCUAGCCGUGGUGGGGUUCAUUUGGGCCGCAGCAGCCCAGUUUGGCAGGUACGCCGGAAUCUCGGUCCAGGAUCCGGUAGCCGGAGCUCCGAUAACCUCGUGAAAACUGCUGAAAAAGCACUCAGAAAAGAAGCCCCCCUAAAUGAAAGCAGUACCAACAAAAAGUCAGUUAAAAAAGACGGCGUUGAAGGUCGCCGGAAAAUGUCGUCGGUGGCGGGCGGUGGUGGUGGGCCUAAAGCUAGAGUCUUGAACUUGAAUGUUCCUAUGUGCAUUGGUUACAGGAAUCAGUUAGGUUGCAGAAGUGAUGAAAACAGUGCCAUUAGUGUCGCCGCCGCUGCCGCCGUGGACGGUGGUGAUCAGAGUGGUGUCGUGGUGAGCAGUGAAGGGGCGGAGUCGGGAUUUUGA